GCGAGAGAUCUCCAAGCAUCAUGAACGCAAAGUUCUUCCUUUUCCUGGCUGUGGUGUCGGCUGCGACCGCCCAAAGGCGCCCCUACGCCUACAGUGCUCCUCGGUUCUCCGACGAAUCGUUCGAGUCUAGCGAAGCCAAGUACAGCUUCAACUGGGCCGUCAGCGAUGACUCCUCAAGCAACGAGUUCGGACACCAGGAGGCCCGUGACGGCGACGACACCCAGGGAUCCUACUACGUGCAGCUCCCCGACGGCCGCCUGCAGACCGUCAAGUACUUCGUGGACGGCGACUCCGGCUACGUGGCCCAAGUCAGCUACGAGGGCGAGGCUCGUUACCCCGACUCGUUCGAGUCUUUUGAGUCUCGGGAGUACAGACCGCCAAGGCCUCUCUAUGGUUAAGAAUGCUGUGAGUAGAUUUCUAGAACUUGAAUUCUUGUAUUUAUUUUGCUGAUUUACGAGCCAAAUAUUUAUAGCAGUUGUAUUUGGCAAAUACAGCUUGAAAUGAAUGAAUGCAGUUUUCCUGUUUCUUCUAUGUAUGUCAUUCACUGUUAAUGGAACUGAUUGGACAACA